AUGGGGGGCACCAAAGGCCGCGCCAUGCAACAGGCCAAGGACAUGGAGUUGUUGGUUGCUGAGAGAGCGAAGCGUGGCGGUGAAGAGCCCCCUCCAUAUGAUUUCUACGAGCUUAUCGGCAAAGGUGCCUACGGUCGUGUCUACAAAGGAAAGAGCCGCAACACGGGCGCGCUUGUCGCCAUCAAGAUUAUUGAAAUCGACAAGGUCGACUAUGAGGAGAUGACGCACAAGAACCUUCAAGACACGCUCAAGGAGAUUGACAUUUUGCAGCAGCUCAGAGACAGUAAAGCCAGGCCAUAUGUCAACAUCAUAGAGGAGGCCAGGCCUGUUCACAAUGAGCUAUGGAUCAUCAGCGAGUACGCCAGCGGUGGCAGUGUCAACACGUUGAUGAAGCCAACGGCCAUGAGUAAGGAUCCUGGUCCUGGACUGCCGGAGAAGUUCAUCAUACCUAUUGCGCGCGAACUGGCCCAAGGUCUCAAGUACAUUCACGAAGCAGGCGUGCUUCACCGUGAUCUGAAAUCCAACAAUGUUCUUAUCCUCGAAGAUGGCCGGGUGCAGUUGUGCGACUUUGGUGUUUCCAACACGCUCGAGCCCGAAAGAUCCAAGCGCUCAACCAUUGUCGGCACACCAUUUUGGAUGGCGCCGGAACUUCAAAAGGAAUGGGUCAAGGAUGCCGAUCCGCACAGCUUGUUGCAGCCCAAGGAGAUUUCGUACGGCAGUGAGGUCGACAUCUGGGCUUAUGCUUGCACCAUUUUCGAAAUGGCUUGUGGCUUGCCGCCGCACCACAAGAUUAGCCAGUUCGACCUGCCAACCGCUGGAGUUCCGGUUCUCGAAGGCGACCGGUUCUCGGACGAACUCAAGGAGUUUCUUGCUUUCGUCUUCCAGCCCAACCCACACGACAGGCCCACACCCGACGAGAUUCUUGAGCAUCCCUACCUCGUGGAUAGUGCCAAGAUGUAUCCAACCGUGUCACUGGUCAAGUUGGUGGAGGAUUACUAUGUCUGGGAACAACAAGGUGGCGCCCGUCAGUCACUGUUCAACCCAUAUGGUGCACAGGCGCCAGAUCCCCUUGCCCCGGAAGACGAAGAGGACGACGACGACGACUGGUCUUUUAGUACAUCAGAGGAAUUUGAAAUAGAGCACGCACCCCAGUUUGGCGAUCCUUUUGCUGCUGGGGAACCCUUUAACGGAAUGAGCUUACCGCCAGUCGCCGAUCUAGAUCGUUUCGAACAACUGCAAGCCAGGUUCAAGGAGGAGUCUAUUGUGCGGGGACAAAAGCGAUUGAAUAAGUUGUUCGACACAAACACAACGCCAUACCGAUAUAGCGCGGUCGAUAUGCCGGAGCCACCAAACGGUCGACCACCCUCGGAUCUGGUGUUGCGAGACUUCAAUCCCGGUGCGCCUAAUCGCGAGACUGUCAUCGAUCUGGACUUUUCCAUGCCAUCAGCGGAUGAAAUACCGAACAUCGAUCUAGGCGAGGUGCCGACUAUACGCGCAAAUCGCAUGAAGAGCAUGAUACGGGAAUUGGAAGAGGAGGAGCGCCGCGAUGCUUUCAACGAGGAAGACGAGCUCACUAAACGAGCUACGAAAGACUGGACAUUCCCUAGCAUGAAUGACGACUCGAAUCGCAAGACAAUGGAGUGGUCAUUCGCAGCAGAACAGCCCCAGCCGAAUCGAAAGACGAUGGAAUGGUCAUUUGCUGCUGAACAGCCAAAUCGCAAGACUAUGGAAUGGUCGUUUCCGGCUCAGCCCCAGAAGCCAAAUCGACGCACCGUUGAAUGGACAUUUGAUGCAGCCAUGGCAGAGGCCAACAAUGAGCCAAGGAAUCGGGCGUCAAAUCGUAUUUCUCGUCGACGGGAAACAAAGGAGUGGACGUUUCCCAAGGACGAGAACCGAAAGACUCAAGACUUUGCAUUCCCCAUGGGUAGUCCACAGCGACCGAGCUUGCGACAGGCACAAACUGCACCCCUGGAGCCAAUCGAUGAUUAUCCUGAAUUCAUCAGUUCGCCGCCUGGCUCCCCUCUUCGGUCAUCGAUGAUUGACCUAGACAUGGCCAUGGUGGAGGACUACCGCCCGUCAACGUCUGGCUCGGAGACGUACACAGCAAGCGGCGAACGCAUCAACGACAACCCUUUUAACUUGGAAGACCAGGUGCAGCUUUCACAGAACAAUCAUCGCGCAUCCUUCCACAUGAAGUCGCAGUCUGAGCCGAAUCAAUCCGUGCCAGGCUUAUUGACACCUCAGCAAUACGACGAGCAAGGCCACCUACACGCUCGAGGUGUCAGCUCAGCAAGCCAAGUCCAAGGCCACCCCAAACCCGUCGCAAACAACAACAUGGCAGGAGGCCAAUACCACCGCCCCAGCCAGCGAUCACAGCAGAUGAUUUGGGACGGCUGGUCGCAUACUAUGGCGUACGGACUUGGUAGUGACGAUAUGUCUCCUCCGAUGAGUGUUACAACAGAUACCUCACUGGAAGAAGACGACGUAGACGAACUGUGGGAAAACUUCGAACGUUUAACCUUUCAACAACAGCAGCAACAAUAUCACUUAUCCAGACCUUACCCCGCCACCGCCGUCCCAGCACCCCUCCGUUCCUCCCGCUCUAGAAACGACUCUCACGCUACAUCAACAUCAACAUACACGCUCGACUCUGACACAGACGACAGCAGCACCUACAACCCCUACUUAUCCUACUCUUCCUCCGACUUCGACACCACAAACUCAUUCCGCAAAUCUACCCUCAGCGUCGGUCCAAACGGUAAACCACUCGUCGAAUUCCCCGUUCCCAGCGGACCGCCCAUCGAGGCGCUACUGAUGGGAUCGGCGGACGGCGAUGUUGCGGCCGCGUUGCAGCAUGCGCUUUUGAGGUCGGCGUGUGAGUUGAGGGAUGGGGUUAGGGCUAGUCGGGAUUUGUUGAGGGCGAUGCGGUUGGCGGAUGUUGAAGGGGGUGGGAUUGGGGAGGAGGAUGAGGGGGAGGAAGGGGAGGAAGGGGAGGAAGGUGUGGAGGGGGAGAGGGUGGAUAGGGGGCUGGGGAGUGGGGAGACGGUUAGGGGGAGGGUGUGA